CUGGCUCCAGACAGACGGGAGAACCUAGCAAAAUAAGAAAGCCAAACUGGAGUGCCUCCAUAUGACAAAACUGGCGCUUCGUCACGUAUCAGGCGUGCGGUAGAAGAUGUUGAGAAAAAGUGGCACAAUCUUCACAUGAAGGGGAAAUCAGGGCUGUCUGACAACAGGAGACCUGCUGUGAUGAAUGCGUCCAUUUGUUUGAACGGAGGAAUACUACAGCCCACAAACUCCUGCUUGUGUUUUGGGGGAUAUAUCGGGGAGUUCUGCGAGCGAAUCAUGGAGGAUUGUACAGAGGGUGUUCCAUACUAUCCAGGACAAUUCGGGACAUUUCUUAUUCAUCCAAAGCUGUCCCCAGAUCCAUUCAAAGUUAUAUGUCGAAUGCAAUUUGACAAAAGGACUUACAUACAGAUUCAUCAUUACGGAGGAAAUGAGACCUUGUUUGUUCAAAACUGGGAAGGUUACAAGAACGGGUUUGGAAAUAUAUGCGAGACUAUCCAUAAGAAAAGAAAUUUCUGGCUAGGAAACGAGAAGAUACACCUCCUAACAAACAGUAGAAACUACUCUCUUGUUAUGCAGCUAUCAGAAUAUGAUUAUAAACCAUUUGGUCAAAUUAGACUCAACAGAUUCGUGGUAAAGAACGAAGAAAACAAUUACGCUCUGUCGUAUACAACCGUAUUUCGGUAUCUUAGUUUUAAAAUGGUCUUUGAAAACAGUAUGUUAUCUAACAAUGGAGCAAAUUUUAGCACUUUUGACAGAGACAAUGAUGUGUAUUCCGGUAAUUGCGCACAACUACACGGCGCAGGGUGGUGGUUUGUGAACUGUUCACGAUGUAAUCCCAAUGGCCGACUUUGGCCGGGAGGUACUAAUGCCAGGUUAAAUGUCGACGACGAGUUUUUUUGGGAUGAUGGUCUUUCUGGCUGGUCAGCAUGGGGAACGAGUAUGUGGAUCGUUAGAAUAUAGGCUAUUGUUUUUGGAUAUCAUAUUUAUUCUUUAUUACUAUUGAUAUGGAAUAGAUGGAAUGGUAUACACAAUAUGUUUGAAUCAAUGUAAACGAAAUCAAUAUGUCGUCACAAUGGCGAGUCCGUUAUCGUGCCUUAUAGUGAUUCUUUGACCUAAUCCUUUCCAUCAAGUACUUCCGGAAGUCGCACAUCUCUUUGGGGUCGAACGUCGGUCUCAUCAGUUUUUGGCCUACGAGCUCUUUUUUUACUUGAGAGAAGAAAGGCAAAAUUUAAUGUAGUUUUAACGUUGACUGAUACCUUGUUAAGUAGGUACAACGUACCUUUUAACUUUUUUGAUUAUUUUUCACCGACAUCAAAGAAAACGUUUGUCCUGGCUCGAUUUUCAACACUAUUUCUCACUGGAACUUUACAUUUUGGACAUGGGACAUGGAACAUAGUUCAACCUAGGUGUGAGUCAUGAAUCAAACAUAAGCCACUCAGACCUUCAUCUUGACCCUUAACCUACAUAAAAAAAUGUCCAUUCUUGGCAUAUUUGGUGGGCCACUUUUAAUCGCAAAAUCGUCUUGUUAUACGUUUUAAUGUAACUUUCUUUUUUUUUUUCUUUUUUUUUUAUGCUCAGAUAUAGGCUCAUAGAUAUAUCUUAAUAUUAUAUGUAUAUAGUCCAACUUCUCAUUCAUAUUUCAUUACCAUACUUUUACAUUUCUCGUUAUACAUAUCAUACAAACGUGGUGUUCAUAAUUUCAUCCUCGAAAGUAAUAAUCUCUGUCUCUCUCUCUGUCUGUCUCUCUCUGUCUGUCUCUCUCUCUGUCUGUCUCUCUCUCUGUCUCUCUCUGU